ACGAAGGAAAGCAACUAAUCAUUAUGAGCAAAAGGCUGAUGGUGUAUUUUUAAUGUGUUUAAAUAACUGUUUGUUAGAAGUUGGCCAUCUUGAGAUAAGUGGUGGGUAUGGUCAUCGAGAGCCACCUAGGUCAACAUGGGACCAUGUUAAAGGGGCUGUUGGUGCUGCAUAUAUGCUUACAGAAUUAUCUCAACAAUAUAAAAAAGGAAAUAGAUCUACAUUUUCUAAAGUUCAAACACACUUUGUGCAUGUUUUUGAAAAUCAUAUAGAAAUAUGGCAAUUAUUUAAUCCUGCACAUGGGGUUCUUUUAUUUGAGCGCACAUACAAAGCUCAAGUUCCCAUUAAUUGGAACAAUCAUCGGGAAUAUUUUUUUGACUUCAUUGUCUUACUGUGGAAUCUAAGGACAAAAAUUUUAGAAACAACAAAAUCAAUAUUAGAAUUACAUGAGGAACACAAUUACAAUAUUUUUGAAGAAAAUUCACCUCUUUACAGAGGACUUCCAAGGACAGUUACUCCAUGUAAAGAUAUUCAUCGAGCUGGCAUCAAUUCAAUUUGCACUGAAAGCGAACCAGAUAGUUAA